AGCCUGACAGAAGUUCUUUCUUCCUCCUUUCUCCAGCAUCCCGGGAAGUGGGGAGCUGCUUCUCAGCCCCUCCACUGUCAGGCUCAGGUUCAGCCUAGGCUUCACUUACUGAGCCCCUGCUCUGCUCGGUUCCCCUCUGGGACAAGACAGCACCCGCCAGGGCCCAGGCUUUGCCAGAGGCUCACCUCCAAGCCUUUGCUCCAGCCAUGCCCUUACCCGAAGGUUCUCUCUGCUCUCUGCCAGGCUGGGGCGUAGCAAUGAGAGUAAGAAGAGUUAAAGUUUAUUUAGCACUCACUGUGUGCCAAGUGCUUUACAUGGAGUAUUACUGAACCCUCACUUUACAGAUGAAAAAGGAGGAAAGUUGUGAACUUGCCCAAGGCUGCACAGAUAGGAGAUGGCAGAGCCAGGAUUUGGACCAGGCAGUCUGGUUCCAGAGUCUGUGUGCACGGAAGUGAUGGUGAACACACUGAGGAGACCUCAGUGCAGGGUGCUUUUUGUUUGAGCUUUUUGUACAGCUCCCUGCCCCAGGGAGCUGGUAGUCCCGCUGGGGAGACAGAUGUCAGGGGAGGUGAGCCCAGCGUGGUGAGCGUUGCGAACAGGACAGGGCUAUGGAUUGGUCUCCCCGAUUUGGUGUCUCAUUUGAAGUGGGCGGGACAGAAAUGGGUUCAGUACAGCUGUAAUUAGUCAAAUUAAGAUGAGGUCAUAUUAGAGCGGAGUGGGCCCCUAAUCCAAUAUGACUAGUGUCCUGAUAGGAGAAAUUUGUGCACAUAGACGUGCACAUAGGGAGGAUACCAUGGGACGGUGAAGGCAGAGAUGGGGUGCUGCUUCUACAAGCUAAGGAUGCCAGAGGUGACCAGCAAAACCACCAGACGCUAGAGGAGAGGCAUGAAGCAGAUUCUCCCUCUUCAGAAGGAAUCAAGUCUGAGGACACUUUGGUCUCAGACUUCUGGCCUCAAGAACUGAAAAUAAAUUUCUGUUGCUUAAGCCGCAAACACACAGAAAAGUGGGCAGGACAGGAAUGCUUCUAUCCAUUUCGUAGAUCAGGGAGUUGGGGCUCGGGUUCACAGUGGCUUUAUGAGCCCAGAGGCUGAUGCAGGGAGUCGGGAAGAGGGUUGGGAGAGCUCGGGAUGGUUCCUCCAGGUUGUGACCUGGGACAGGAGGCACUUGGUUUCAAGGGAGGCCAGCCCUGACACACAGCAAGCACCUGAGAAGUAUUGGGUGAAUUUCACUGAGAUGAGUAAAGGCCUAAGUUGUGGCCUCUGAGUUGCCUAAGGUCAUUCUCUGUAGGAGGAGGGACUCAGACAGGGGUUUUGUCCUCAGGGAGCUGCGUGCCCAGGGCCUUGGAGGGCCAUGGGCGAGCCCAUUAGAGACCCCAAGUCCUUCCUCAGUUAAACUUGUUUCUCCAGACAGGUCCUGACCACCACACCCCUCUUGGAGUCCUGAGUUCUUAGAGGCACUCAAACAUGCCAGGAGGCAGGAGUAGAGGUUGGAGAGCGGUGGGCUGGACAGUGCCCCCCAGCCCAGCUCCUACUCCCAGAUCCAAAGUAUUGCUCACCUCCACUCCCAUCCAAACUGUGAAGCUUCUAGACCAAGCAUACUAUGGAAAGGACAUGAGAUUUGGGUCCAGAGACCAAGGUCAACAGCCAGACUCUGCCAUUAGCCAGCUGUGUGACUGGCCACGCCCCUCACUCAGCCUCCAUGUUUGCAUCUGCUGGGCAGGAUGCCGUGGUGAGGGUUAGAGCGAGGACCCUGCAGAGACAGCCCGUCUCAAAGCCCAGCUCUGCCGUUUACCAUCUCCAUGAAGGCUGUUGAGGGGUGGCCCCCACCCGAGUCAAAGACUACCCCAUCCUUCUAGGUCCUGACCCCUUGCUCACACUUCACAUCCAGGUCUUUGGCAAAUCCAGCAGAAUCUGAGCACUUUCUGCAGCCCUCUCCCCCACCCUGGUGAAAGCCACUCUUGUCUUGCCUGGACAGUGCUGGGGCCUCUUCAUUGUUCUCCCCGCUCCAUUCUUCAGGCAAUAGUGUGUUCUCAAAAGAGCAGCCCGAGUGAGCCUCCUCAGACCCAAGUCGGGUCAUGUUCCUCCUCUGAUCAGAAUCCUUUCGUGAAAGCGACAUUUCCUGCUGUGGCCCCAGGCUGUGUGUGAUCUGGGCGCAUCCCUCCCUCCUGAGCGCCGGCUGUUCCUUCUGCCCAGAACCUUCAUCCCCUGCUCUCUUGUCAUCUUCAAGUCUUUCUCUUAAGUCUCCAAUUCUCAGUGAAGACUGCCCUGGCCCCCGUUUGUCAGUGAAGCCAUGUGACCUCCUAAUCCUUUACCCUGCUUUUUCUCCGGAGCACUACUCUUGCUAAAGUUAUUACCUGACUCGUUGAUUUCUAGUUUAUUGCAGUCCCUUGCCUAACUCACCCCCAUGUGUGCUGCGUGGAGGUGGGGGUCCUCGUCUGCCUUGUCCCCUGUGUUCCCAGGGCCUUGCACAGUGCCUGGGACAUAGCGGGCUCUUGAUAAGCAGUUGCUGAAUGAAUGGAAGAUAUGGGUUGGGUGAGCAGCCCGUGGGGUAGCGUGUGGGUCAGUUGCGACGGUGCCUGUUCCAUCCACUGGGUUGUCCUCCCUGGUCACCAGUAGACUCUUCAUGAGUGUCACCCUACUUGGGUUGAGUGUGGCAGAUGGAGGGGGGCUCAGGACAGGUUUACCAUAGCUGAUCCCACAGAGCCUGACCCUCCCUAAUUGUGUGACGGUGGGCAAAUUAUAUCAUCUCUCUCUCCCCAGUCUCUUCAUCUGUAAAAUGGGGGUGGCAAUCACAUAGCACCUGCUUCCUGUUGAGAGGAUCCAGUGAGGUCAAGUGUGUAAUGUGCUCGGGACAAUCGCUGGCUUGUAAGCGUCAGUGACCAUCGGCUUGUUACCGCUGGGUGUUUCUCGAGGAGGCGUUCGGACAGAGGUAGAAAUGCUGUCAGCUGGGGCCUAGUUUGGUUCUAUGGAUUUCGCUCACAGCUGGGCCACCUGGAGGGAUCUAGCCUUAGCUGUAAGGAGGGAGAGAGGUGCUGGCAUGAGAGCGGAAGUGGGUGCGGGUCCUGACGUCGCCACCUGCUUAAUGUCCUUUGGGAAAAGUCUCGUCACCUUUCCGAGUCUGUUUCCCCAUCUGUGAAAUGGGUGGUUACAGUAGCCUCCCAGGGUGGAUGAGACAGGAGACCACAGGUGCCGAUGCUUUAUUUAUUCAGUUUCCUAUUUAUAUGCCACUCAGUCAAAAAAAAAAAAAUGUAUUUGGAGCACUUAUCAAAAUACAUGAAGAUAAGAUAAGAAGGGAUCAGGACAAGAAGAGUAAGAGUGAAGCCAGAAGGGAAGGCGCCCGCAGGAAGUCUGGUCUGUGAGGCACUGACUUGCUCCAGGCCGACCACCUGAGAGUCUCCUCAGCCGCUGGAGCCACACGGCAGCCCCACUCGGCUCCUUCAUGCCCAGCAGCAAGCCAGGCCCGGGCCUCAUCAGGGGGCUGCCCGCUGAAAGCCCCCUUGAAAGGGGGAUCCCAGGCACAGAAUGAAGAUGAGACGCUACAAGCUCUUUCUCAUGUUCUGUAUGGCCGGCCUGUGCCUCAUCUCCUUCCUGCACUUCUUUAAGACCCUGUCCUAUGUCACCUUCCCCCGGGAACUGGCCUCCCUCAGCCCGAACCUCGUGUCCAGCUUCUUCUGGAACAAUGCCCCCGUCACGCCCCAGGCCAGCCCGGAGCCGGGUAGCCCCGACCUGCUGCGAACGCCGCUCUAUUCCCACUCGCCCCUGCUCCAGCCCCUGUCGCCGAGCAAGGCCACCGAGGAGCUCCACCGGGUGGACUUCGUGCUGCCCGAGGACACCACCGAGUAUUUCGUCCGCACCAAGGCCGGCGGCGUCUGCUUCAAACCGGGCACCAAGAUACUGGAGAAGCCCCCCUCGGGGCGGCCCGACGAGAAGGCCGAGGGCGCCGACGGCUCCUCGGCCCGGGGCCCCGCGCGGCACCUGCUGAGCACCCGCGAGCGCCCGGGGCCCCGCGGCGCGCGGCGCAAGUGGGUGGAGUGCGUGUGCCUCCCGGGUUGGCACGGGCCCAGCUGCGGCGUGCCCACCGUGGUGCAGUACUCCAACCUGCCCACCAAGGAGCGCCUGGUGCCCCGGGAGGUGCCGCGGCGGGUCAUCAACGCCAUCAACGUCAACCACGAGUUCGACCUGCUGGACGUGCGCUUCCACGAGCUGGGCGACGUGGUGGACGCGUUCGUGGUGUGCGAGUCCAACUUCACGGCGUACGGGGAGCCGCGGCCGCUCAAGUUCCGCGAGAUGCUGACCAACGGCACCUUCGAGUACAUCCGGCACAAGGUGCUCUACGUCUUCCUGGACCACUUCCCGCCUGGCGGGCGGCAGGACGGCUGGAUCGCCGACGACUACCUGCGCACCUUCCUGACGCAGGACGGCGUGUCGCGGCUGCGCAACCUGCGGCCCGACGACGUCUUCAUCAUCGACGACGCCGACGAGAUCCCCGCGCGCGACGGCGUGCUCUUCCUCAAGCUGUACGACGGCUGGACGGAGCCCUUCGCCUUCCACAUGCGCAAGUCGCUCUACGGCUUCUUCUGGAAGCAGCCGGGCACCCUGGAGGUGGUGUCGGGCUGCACCGUGGACAUGCUGCAGACGGUGUACGGGCUGGACGGCAUCCGCCUGCGCCGCCGCCAGUACUACACCAUGCCCAACUUCCGCCAGUACGAGAACCGCACCGGCCACAUCCUGGUGCAGUGGUCGCUGGGCAGCCCCCUGCACUUCGCCGGCUGGCACUGCUCCUGGUGCUUCACGCCCGAGGGCAUCUACUUCAAGCUCGUGUCCGCCCAGAACGGCGACUUCCCCCGCUGGGGCGACUACGAGGACAAGCGGGACCUCAAUUACAUCCGGAGCCUGAUCCGCACGGGCGGCUGGUUCGACGGCACGCGGCAGGAGUACCCGCCGGCCGACCCCAGCGAACACAUGUACGCCCCUAAGUACCUGCUCAGCAACUACGCCCAGUUCCGCUACCUGCUGGACAACCCCUACCGGGAGCCCAAGGGCACAGCGGAAGGUGGGCGGCGGAACAGGGGGCCCGAGGGAAGGCCACCCGCCAGGGGCAGAUCGGAUGUGGUCGAAGGCUAAGGCUGCGAGAUCUUCAAAGGGGGGGGGGGGGGGGGGGGGGGGGGGGCGGCAGCCCCUCCCGCUGUUUCCCUGCCUCCCUCUGCCGGCUGCCUGGUUCCCGAGAGGACCGAGCCCUUGGGAACCCAGGGCCAGGCCUGUGAGCUCACAAAGCAUCCUUCCUCGUCGGGAGAGGGGAGUCCAGCCCUUCCGUCCACCCAGAGUGCUGUGGCCAGGAGGUGCCAACGGAGAGUGCAUGACGGUUACUGGGUAGCCAGGGAGGGCGGGCAGGGUCGGGGAAGGGGACCCGCAGGAGAAGCUCCCCAGGCCAGCCAUGUGGGAGCUGCGGCCCGGCCGGGGAGAAACCUGCCGUUGGGCCUCCUGGGGCUUUGGACCUGCAGCGGGAAGGUGGGCAGGCCGGGAGGUCCUGGGGCUCUGUAAAUGGGUGCAUUCGGGUGCAGGAGGAAGAGGGGACAGCAAGGUGGGAGGGACGUAAAGGAGCAUCCAGCUGGGAGGAAGCGCAGGGUCCUCGGAAGGGCUGAGCCGGAGGGAGCAGGGAGCUCUGCCCGCAGGACGCCCCUGCGCUGGAUAGCACCCGUGGGGUAGGGCCUGGAGUCUGCCGAAGCCCGGGGAGUCUUGCUUUUGGCUCCAAACCUGGCCUUGACAUUCCGUCUUUCUUUUUAUACUGUCGUCUCGUGGGCUGCCCACUCAGCCCUCGCAAGGCCAAGACUCCAGUUCUCGGGGUGGGAUGGGAGCCGGAGGCUGGACCGUCAAGCCGGCCUGGGAGGGGGCCUAGGGGAGGCAGAGGUUCCCCAUCACCCCUUCCCACUGGGACCCACAGCCCCAGCCCUCCACCGUCUCUGAUAGAGUCACCCUUGUGCCCCUGCUCGGGGCUGGCUAGAGCCAGGAAGGGCCCACAGGCUGCCUGGGACCAGGAAGGACUUUGAGGUCAGUUAUGUCAUCUCAUUCCCCUCAGUUUAUCUCAUGGGGGCAGGGGAUGUAUCAGUUAGAUUCUAAGCUGCUGCCAUUAAGAGGCCCCCAAACACAAUGGUUUAAGCAAGACAAGCUUGUUUCUAGCUUAACUGUCCAGAGGGAGAUGGUCCGGAUCCAGUAGGGCAGCUCUGCUUUUUCCCACAUACACACCUUCCAGUUCUGGACAGAGCGGUGGCUUCAGCUCCCACCAUCACAUGUGCAUCCCAGCCUGGGAGAAGCAGAGAAGGGCAAGAGAAGCACAUGUCCUUUCCCGUUAAGGGCAUGAGCCAGCAUGGCACGGUCACUUCCGAUCGCAUCUCACUGGCCGGGUCUUAGUCACGUGGUCACAAGCAGCUGCAAGGGAAGCUGGGAAAGGGAGUCUUCAGCCACAUGCCCAGCCUCAGCUUGAGAGUCCUCUUAGUAAAGGAAGGAGGAGAGCACGGAGACCAGGAGCAUCUUUGGCACAGAGGGAGGGGCAUGGGGAGAGAGCGUCAGAAUGACUAACACAGUCCUAGGAUCCUCCUCUCAAGUUCAGAGCUCUUAGACGCACCUGCUCCUGCCCCCAUUCACUGCCAGUCCAGAGCUGGGGGGGGGGGGGGGGGGGGGGCAGUGAGAGCCUGCAGUUGAAGGAGGGGUGAGACACCGCCCUCCUGAGGCCCCCACAGAUGUUCACCCAGCCAUGCCAGGAUGCAGAGCCUGCCUGUGGAGCGGGACAUGUUUGUGUGUGCGUGUGUGUAUUUAUGGGCAUGUGUGCAUGUUUGGUGUGUACUUGUGUGUGUCUGUAUUGGGGUGUCCCUGUAAAUAGAUGCUUCUGUAUGGAUGUGGGGGCAGGGCCCAGGCCUCCCCUUCCCCGGGACCUGGAGCCUGUGGCCACAGCCCCUCACAGCUCCCCCAAAGUGACUGAGGCACAAAGCCCUCGGGGAGCCUAGCAAGCAAGGCUAAAGGGGGAUGCGGGGUCUGUCUGUCUGUCUUUCAGUCCAAGGAAUGAGAAUCCUCCGGGCCCGAGGGCUGAACAGCUGAGAGCUCACUACCUCCCCGGCCUGUUUUGGUCCCCACCAUAUCCUUCCAUCCCA